AUGAAUAGCGGAUGGAUUUUAUUAAUUUACGUGGUAAUAAUUAGUGAUGUAGGAGAUUUUUCAAAAAACUCCGUUCGAGGCCUCCUGGAUGAUAGAUAUGACUAUGUAAUUAUUGGAAGUGAUCACGUGGCGCAGAGCUUGGGCUUCCACCUAGCAAAGCGCGAUUUGUCCAAAACGGUUCUCGUGCUAAAAUCGGAUCAGUGUGAGCGGAUUUUAGAGCAAAAAAUGGAACAAGACCCGUUUGUUCAAUCUAUUUCGAACAAGUUUGCUGAAUGUGCUCACCGAAUGAAAUACCAGUUCGUCAAUCCAUUCUCGGCUGGACAGCAAGUUGGUGUUGCAUACAAAAACUUAAGCCAUAGCAGCGAACGCCAAACUCUGCUUGCGUUAGAUCCUAAUUUGAAGUUACUGACCGGAGCGCAUAUCAUUCGAUUUUUGUACAAUCCAGCUUCUGCAUCAUUGCUGGGUGUUGAAGUUGCAUUAAACAAUUUGAAUCAGUACAUUUAUGUAGACGAAGAGAUGCUGAUCGCGGGACGAUGCUGGAACGAUUACAAGCCUCUAUCGACCGCAUCAAUCAUUUCGGAAACAAUGCUAUUUGAUCUGCUGGUUGGAAUGCCAUUGGAUGUCAGUGUGGGAAGUCCGAUAUUAGCUCCAGUUUUGUACACAAAAAAUAACGAAAUAUUGCGACAAAAUCCAACUCUUCUUCCAACUGAACUAUUCCUCAAUGUUGGAAAAGCUCAAAACAGAGAAAUACAGCAGCCAAAUGCUAGACUGUGUAUGCUUGUCGGAAAAGUGAAAUCAAAUAAUCUUUUGUGGAUUGGUUUUGUGCCAUCGAUCUACUCUCCGGACGAUCUAGACUACAAACCCGAUCAUGAAGAAAGCGUUAAAAUUUUAUCAUCAACUUUAAAGAUUGCUAAUGAAAUAACUAGUUGUGAUAUAUUUAAACAACUCAACCUUACUUUACACGACCAGCGUACACCUGAAUGCAUGAAAUUCGUUGGAAGUGAGCAAUAUUGGACCUGCUACAUACAUAACAAACUCAGACGGUUCGAGAAGAAAUCAACUAUGAGCAAGCAUAAUAAUACGAUGCUGAGCGGCGACUUUUUUCUUGACGGUGUGAAAGGCCUUCGCAUAAUACCGUUUGGAUUAAAUACGCCGUUUUUGAACCGGCAGUGGAAUAGGUUAUUUCCGCGAGUGAAUUACACUGUAGCUCAGACAACGAUGAGCAACAUUCCGGAAUUAACAAUGCAGAAUAGAGAACGGUUUAGUUCAACAAUGGAUAAAUUUAUCGAAACGCUUACAGGUUUGUCCAAGGAAGCAUUUGAGAAGCGCGUCAUGAAGCACAUGUUCACGGAAGAUUCGAAACUGAGUGUUUCCGGUUUUAGAAAUUUAUUUGAACAACAGAAACCCGCACUUUUCUCUUGA